GCCAAGUGGAGCACCGACGUGGGCGCCAUCGAGAGCAAGUUCGAUGGGGUGACGAGGCGGGAGGUCUCGCAGCUGCUGGCGGAGGCCCUGCAGAGUGAGGGAGCCGCCUACUCGAUCGACGUGACGACCCUGCCCAACUGCCGGGCGGAGGUGCUGGACGCGGGGCAGCUGAGCACCACCCUGGCGCUGGGCGCCCCGCCCCCGGCCGUUGCCCCGGCGCCCGGCGGCGACCCUGACCCGCGCUGGGACCACAUAGGCGUGGGCGCCGCCGGCGUGCUCGUGCUCUGCGCGCUGGCGGGGGGCGCCGGCGUGCUCUACGCGGGGCGCCGGGGCUGGUCGCGGCCGCCGUCCUGCCCGCGCGCGCGCGCCUACAAGGGGCGCUCGGCGGCGUUGGAAGCGCCUCGGCCGCCCGAGUGGACGCUGGAGCGACUGGCGCUGGAGGUGCGCGGACCCAGCAGGGGCCUCCCGCUCGAGGCGCUGCCCGCGCUGCAGGAGCUGCUGGCCGAGUACUCGCUGGUCCACCCGUGGCCAGACCACAAGCAGGGCGGCCAGAGCAUCAUCGCCAGUGCAGUGCACCGCGGCUCCCUGAACCAAUCCCUGCUCAAGAUCGCUCCGCGCAAGGACGUCGAGAAGGAGAGGACCGUCUCGGCCAGGCUGCAACGCAUUGGAAAGUCCCUGGUGGAGGAGUCGAAGGUCAUCCAGGAGGCCCGCGCCUUCAUCGCCAUGCUGAAGGACUCGCGGGUGAAUCCCGAGUCUUCGCCUUACCCGUUCGGCAUGCUGUGCCUCGACGAGGGCAGCGGCAACCUGACCGACGUGCUGAGGUCCGCGUCGGAAGGGACCAUCACGAACGACAUGAAGAGGCCCGUGCUGGUCAACUGCGUGAACGUGGUGCUCUUCCUGCACGAGUGCGGCAUCGGCUGGGGGGACUGCGCCCCGUCCAACUUCGUGGCCUUCAAGGUGACCAGUCUGAUGGGGGACCUCUUCCAGUACCGCGCCAUAGACUUCGGCAGCGCCGUGCUGCUCCCAGACGUACAGGGGUCGCAAGAGGAGGAGCACCGCCUGCCGCGGUACCACUCGCCGGACGACGCCGUGCAGGUGGGCUUCUGCGCCCCAGAGCGGCUCGCCGCGAUCCAGAACCGCCAGCGCCUGCCGGCGGCGGACUCCGUGGACAUCUGGGCGUUGGGCUGCAUCGCGUUCUUCGUGCUCGCCGGGAGGCCGCUGAUGGGCGAGACGGAGGACGAGUGCGCCGCGAACCUUCUGGUGUCCCAGGGAACCGGCCUGAACACCGAGUUCAUGGUGAAUCCUGAGCUGCAGGCGUACGUGGAG